AUGCAUAAACAUAUGAAAAGCCUUCCCAGCAGCGUGAGUAUUGCCCUUCUCGUUGCAACACUCCUUUGUUGCUUCUGUAUUGUAUUAGUGAUUUCGGAACAACCCAAAAGUAUCUCAAUUCAUGACAAAGCCUAUUCACUCCUCGUGAUGGGUCUCUCAAGAAAUGAAUUGAAAAGACUUGCAUUGGAAGGUAGACAUGCUCCAUUAGAUAAUAAUCACAAGCAACAACAAGUAAACAUUGAACCCUUCGGAACCAAUGAUGAUUUCAUGAAUCGAAUUCGAGAUUUAUCGUCGAGCCAUUUCCAUGAACAAUUAUUCGCACAACUCGUCUCUCAAUUCCAAAAGGAAAUGUUCACCAUUCAAUUUGAAACAUUGAAACAAGUGGAACGUAUGGAACAACAAGUCCAUGAAAAUAAUUAUGAGAGAAAGAAACAAGGACUUGUAUUGGCCAUGACUCGUCGAUUAUUCGGCCAUGAGGAAAAUUUUGAAUCGUCGACCACAUCUAGUGCAACCACAACUAGUGCUACUCCAACUGAUAGUACGACAACCAAGACGACUAUUGCAACUGCUAGUACGACAACCAAGACAACUACUACUCGUACUGCAAGAAUGACACACCACUCUUCAUCCAACACCACUACUACUACAUCUCCAAAAUUAAGAAAUCACAACUAUGUUGAAAUGACUGCCAAGAUGCGUGAAAUUCAUCUCUCCUUUCCAAACAUGACACAAAUGUACUCUGUUGGUCAUUCAGUUCAACAACGUGAAUUAUGGGUCAUGAAAAUUACGAGUAACAAAGUCAUUGGUGCACCACCUUACUCUUUUAAUCUCAAAUAUAGAAAACCUAAAUUCAAAUAUGUUGCGAACAUGCAUGGUAAUGAAACCGUUGGAAGAGAAGUUAUUUUAUAUUUCAUUGAAUACUUGUUAAAUUUAUACAAGAAUGGUGAUUUAAUGGUCACUAGAAUUCUUGAUUAUAUGGAUGUAUAUAUCAUGCCAUCUAUGAAUCCAGAUGGAUAUGAAUUGAAACAACGUAGAAAUGCUAAUGGUGUUGAUUUAAAUAGAAAUUUCAUUGAUUACUAUUUUGGAAUGCCAGAUGAUCCAUUCCAACCUGAAACUUUGAGUAUCAUGCAAUGGAUUUCACAAGAACAAUUUAUUCUCUCUGCUAAUUUACAUGGUGGUGUUCUUGUUGCUAAUUAUCCUUUUGAUACUGCAUUACAAAAAGAUGCUAAUUAUAGUGCAACACCAGACGAUACAUUCUUUCGAAUGGUUGCAAGUGUUUAUGCGAAUGCAAAUCCUGAAAUGCGUUUGAGUAAGAGAUUUCCAGGUGGAAUUACAAAUGGAGCUGCAUGGUGGGUGGUUCAUCAUACAAUGGCUGAUUACAAUUACUUUGCAGCAAAUUGUUAUGAAUUAACUCUUGAACUUACUGAAGAAUAUAUUGCACCUGAAUCUGAUUUGGAUAAAUUUUGGGAACAAAACAAACUCUCACUCAUCUUGUAUAUGGAUCAAAUGAAAUUCUCAGCAGUUGGAAUUGUUGCUGAUGAAAUGGGUAAUGGAGUAUCAUUUGCUAAUGUAACAGUGAAAGGCAAUGCAAAGAUUAUUACUUCAAACUAUGAUGGAUUCUUUUGGAGAUUAUUACCACCUGGAAAUUAUACCAUCGAAGUAUCAAAGAAGGGCUACAUUUCACAAUCUCAGAAUGUCAUCAUUCCAGAAAAUGCAGAAUUAGGAAAACCAGUGUUUGCUUAUUUCAUUCUAAAGAAAGUACCACCACCACCAGCUCCAAGUGGUAGCGUUCCUCACCACUCCUUUGAGAGUCAGUUUAAUUUACGCAAGUACUAA